GAAGGAUCCGGUGAUCAGCCGUCUUUCGGUGAGGCUGCAGCGCGCACUUGCCUGUGUUGACACCGGACGGAUAUGCGGCGAUGCUCUUGCGUGUGAACGCGUUUGCAGCGCUCUCUAGGAAGCAGCUACGGAGAGAUUUCGCCUCAGAUGAGAGAUUAGGAGGACGAGCCAUCAGCAUCCCAGGAAAAGGUUAUCUUUUAGUCAAUCUGCUCGGUGUCAGCGGCCCAUCGCCUGUCAGAGGAAGCCGGGGGUUGGAUUUGAAAUGUCGCAGGGAUAUGCUGAAAGCUUAAAGAUGAAAGGAGGCAGAGGUGGAGUGAGCCCCUCCUGGUCCAGGACAGGUUUUCAUUAGACCUUUGUGAAAGCAGGGACGGCUGUCCAGGAGGUGAUGGAAGUGCAGACUGUGCUUCAUCACUACCCAUUCCUACAGAUGGACACUCACCUCCUGCACACCUGAGCCCACACUCAGUGCUGUCUCCUUCCCCUUCUCUCCUUCUGCCUCCCCUUGCUCAUCCCACCUCUCCCUCCACCCUCCUCAUCCCGUUACUUGCUUCCCCCUCCCCACCACUUCUUACAACCCUCCAUCCAAUUUCCCCCGCGUUUAAAUUUCACCCUUCCUCUAUGACUUUAUGAUGGCGUGCUACGGACGCUCUCUGGACUCUCCGUGCACACUAGCCUUGCUGGUGGGCUUCCAGUUUGCCUUUGUUCUCUAUUUCUCUCUCGGGGGCUUCAAAGGCUUGGUGUCGGUCCUGGUGCAUACCACAGACCCGGAGUUUGAUUACUCUCGACCUCACGACGUCUAUACCAACCUCAGUCAUCUGGGAGUACCGCCUCCCCCGCCUCGCAACUCGGGCACUGGACCCCCUGCCACAGGCCCCCCACUGAGAGACUGCCAGAUCCCUUCACCACUGCUUGUCGGACCUGUGUCUGUCAAGCUUUCCUCUCCUCUGUCUCUGGAGGAGAUCAAACAGAGGAACCCGUUAGUGUUGCCAGGCGGACACUAUCGGCCACCAGACUGUGAGCCUCGCCACCACACGGCCAUAGUGGUGCCGUACCGGAACCGGCAGAUCCACCUCCGUGCUCUCCUCUACCAUCUCCACCCUUUCCUGCAAAGACAGCAGAUCCACUACAGCAUCUAUAUAGUGCAGCAGUGGGGGAACAGUACUUUUAACCGAGCCAAGCUGCUGAAUGUUGGGGUGCGAGAGGCGCUCAGAGAUGAAGACUGGAGCUGCAUCUUCCUGCACGAUGUCGACCUGCUGCCCGAAAACGACCACAACACCUACACCUGCCACAAACAGUUCCCCACACACCUCUCUGUGGCCAUGGACAAGUUCAGAUACAGGCUGCCGUACACACAGUAUUUUGGUGGAGUGUCAGCAGUGACCCCAGACCAGUACAUGAAGAUGAACGGCUUCCCUAACCAGUACUGGGGCUGGGGCGGAGAGGACGAUGACAUUGCUGCCAGAGUUCGUCUGUCAGGCAUGAAGAUCAUGCGCCCUCCAGUGGCCAUUGGUCAUUACAAGAUGAUCAAGCAUAAAGGAGAUCGGGGCAAUGAACAAAACCCACGCAGAUUUGACCUUCUGAAAAGGACCAGACUCAACUGGCGCUCUGACGGCCUCAACUCUCUGACCUACGAGCUCCUUUCCAGAGAGCUGGAGCCUCUCUACACCAACCUCACCGUGGACAUUGGAGAAGACCCCCGCGUGCCCCAGGGGAAAGCACCCAUCCCUGUGAAAACAACAACUUCCAUUCAUCAAAAUAGCAAUAGCAAUUCUGGGGACGCAGCCAAACAGGAGAAGAGGCAAGAGAGCAAAGGGGCAAACGUGACUGUGGCCAAACCUGCUGCUGAGAAAACACAAUCUGCCAAGUCAAAGGCGGCAAAUCAAACAUCAGUAGGGCAGACAGGUGUGGUGAAAUAGGACGAGCUGUAUAAGAAAUGGUCUGCAUCACAUCUGUAGCAUAAAGUGGCUUCUUCCUUGAUUUUGAUCUGAAAAACAAAAAGCAGUGUAGAUCUGUUCUGUUGAGGAGGAAGAGGAAACCAGCUUUCUGUACUCAGUGCAGGUUAGGGAUGGUUGUAAAAGGAUCAAAUGAAAAAGCCCUUGUUUUUUCUUCAGGGGUGCCUUUAAGAACACGCCGGAGUCACCUCUCGGUUUAUCAUCCACUGAAUGUUACUCUGGCUAUCGUGAAUGACACACACCUGUGGCUCAUGACUUGUAUGCGGCCAGGAGACAAAUGGUGAAUAACUCAGUCUUACCCAUGUAGAGGUCCAAAACAAACUAAAUGAAAAUGAGACAGCAACUAUAUCAAUCUCUGCUCUUUUCCAGACAUUGCAAGUCGUAAGCAACCCAUCUGCUGCCAGCAGCUUCACACAGUUUGCUCCUGAAAAACUGCUGCUGUCAGUGCACUCCACACACUGGUGGGUUUGUGUUUCUGUGCCUUCUCACUUUUAUGCGCGUUUUAUAGACUGGUAUAGUUGCUUCUAGACUCUGACCUGGAGUUAAUUUGACCUUUCCUGCCCUACAGGAAAAUGUAAGACAGCAGGGAGGCUAAAGCUGAUCCUAGAUCGGGACAAACGAUUUGUUCCAGGACUGCCGUUUUAUAUUUGUGUGCAUAGAUCAAGCGCUGACAAAUUCCAUAAUUAUCAGACAAUUCUAGAGUUUAUAUUUAUAUAGAGAGACUUUAUUAUUUGUUUACCGAUUUGUUUUCCUUAGUCUGGUACCUCUCUCUCUCUCUGACAUUUAGUUUAUAGACAAUCAAAUCAUAUGGCAAGAUAAGUCUGUAUCUAACCACACAACAUAGUGAGGAAAUAUUAUCAUGACUAUCUGUACACCUGUCAGAUAAACAUAGACUUGGCAUGAUAGUUGUUGUCUAGUUUGACUAUACUCUUGAUACAUGGAUAUCUGUGCUUCUGAUAUUACCUGUGAUUUUUAUUAUUUUUAUUAUAGAUUAGUCAAGUUUGGAAAAAAAGCAAACUUGCAGACAAUACUCUAGGCAGGAGACUACACAUUUGCCAGUUUCAGAUUGUAUUUUAUUAAUAAAAAAAGGUAAUAGUUACAAUAAAGCACUGUGUAUAGAUGUAGGUCAGCCCUAAACCGGAAGGCGUGAUGUCUUCGCAGAGGGUCUCAGUAUAUUAUGAAAGACCCUGGUGCUUUUAAAAGCUAUAAAUGAGUGUCCGUCUUUAUUCACUUGAGUGAAGCGAGUGAAGCUUUUGUAUCUGGAAGGAAAGGAGACGAGGAAGAGGGAAACAUGUAUGAAAUGAAAUAUUUCAUAAUUAUAUUCUGAGGGCUGACAAAUUAGGACAUGCAUGUAGGUAAUUUAUGUUGACAGAUCAUUAUCAUCUACUUUUUAUAUCUCAGAUAUUCACCCCCCCAUAAUAUUCAUAUGGAAUGUAUUAUUGAGUUUAGCUUUAGUGAAGGGAGAGCUAAGUCUGUGGAUGUGGACUUAGAUCUGAUCACUCAUAGGAAUUGUCUUGCUGCUAUUAGACAGGGGAAAUGGUUACCUGUAUGAUUAAUCAGCUUGAAAAAUGACAUAUUGUGAUACUAAUGUUCUGGUGUGGAGUUGUGUUUUAUCAUAGUUGCAAUGUAUUACUACUUCUAAUUUGAAUGUAUUUUAUUCAUUUAUUAAGUCACUGAUAGAGAUUAAUGCACAAACGUGUUUGUGUAUCUGUUUUAGUGUUUGAAACACCCCAUUACAUUGUAUAUCUGAUUAUUUAUCCCUUUAAACAAUGUCUCCACGUCUUUUAUGUUAACAUAGUGCCUCAUACAAUUAGUCCAUGUUACUGAAGGGCUGAAGGCAUACUGCUGGGUUAUGUGUGAGCGCCCUCCAGUGGCACAACAUUGCAUAGCGCCCACCAAAUGGAACCAAGAACUGAAUGAAACUGCAGUGUUGUGACAUGAAUGUUAAUCAUUAAUGUUUGCCAUUCACAGGUUUCAGCCAAUCAAAUCUUUGCAUUGCUCUGUGUGGGGGGGGGGGGGUUCUCGUGUGCGUAGUAUCACAUGAUUGAUCCUUAAAGGAGUAGAGCAACUCUCUGAUUGCACUGGCUUACACAACCAAAAUCUACAUGUUUAUGAAUGGAUAUAAUAGUUUUAUAGAGGAAAUCUGUCUAGUUUAGGAUAAAAUGAUACUGUAGGGUUUUACAAACCAAUACAAUGAGAGAUAAGGCCUGAUUUGUAAGCUUUAUAUACAUAAUAGUUUAGUUGCAUAUCAAUAGAUAAUAUAUUCUCCAUAUUUCAUAUUGCCUGGGACAAUGCCUGUAUGACAUGAAGCAGCGACACACUGAAAGCUUUUAAGGACGUAAUGUUAUCUCGGCAGAAUAAUCAGCAUACUGCGUGCUUAUCUGGAGAUUGUUCUAUAUUUAAUAAAUUGGCUAGUUUUUAUAAAGAUUGUUUUCGCAUAAGUGUUGGAAAUCUAUACUGUGUAGUUAUAUGCAAGUUCAGUAAAGAGCAUUGGGAGUUCAUAACACGUUUUUUUUAAAGCGUUCAUUUGAUCACAAGGUUAUUCCCUCAUUAGACACAUGUUUGAGAAGUGUAAUUACAGAGAACCGUCUGACAAGGAUGGGAUGUUUUAGUAUUCAUGGCAAAUGAGACGUAGUUAAUACACCACAUUACUUAUGAUUAAGCACCGUGAUAUUUGCAUCAUGCAAUGAUACUUGUCGUCAUCUUAAGUUGCCUUAUUUACUGACCUUGUCUUGAAGAUGAAAGUGUGUGUGUGUGCUUGUGUAAUGAGCAAGGUCAUAAAAAAGGCAACCAAAGCAGUGAUUUAUGAUGGACAGUGUUGUGACAGAAAGCAAAUAUGUAUACCAAUAAAAACACAUAAUCAAAAAA